AUGAUGUACCACAUGCUGCAAGUCAGGAAGACUGCUGUAUCAGUAGACGUGAACUCCAUCAUAGACUAUGCUGAUCUGCUGUACAAUGAAGACGAGGGAGGUGAACUCUUUGAUGCUGUAACAGAAUAUGAAACAUAUCCUAAAGGUUCAAAGAAUGCAAAAGAGGUGUGUGUAUGUAUACUCGACAGUUUCAUAAGACCAUACAGAAGACUUAGUCGUUCAGAACGCAGACAAACGCUUGUCGACUCUAUCAACUACGCCUUAAAGAUUAGAUUCCCUUUACGGACUAAAAUUCUUGGUGAACUUCUAAAUAUUGAACCACAAACAACCACAAAGAAACCAAAAUCACAAUAUAUCAAAGAAUUACACAAACGCAACAAAUAUAAAAGAAAAAGAAAGAAUAAGAAGAUAAAAGAACUUGAUGACAUCAUAAAACAUUUCUCUUCUCGACUCGAUAAUAUUGAAUCAUUUAAAAGAACGUCAAAUUAUGUUGGAGAUAUAACACCAGUCAUUAACAAUUAUGUGUUAGAAGCAAACAAAAGAAAUGGAUACAAAAUCAAAUAUAAUAAUGAAGAUAAAAAAACGACUAGAAAUUACAAAAAUCUAAUAUUUGCUUCAUCUUAUGGAAAUCAGAAAGAAAGUGCAAUUGAUGUAGAUAGAAAUACAAACAAAGACGCAGAUUUCAAUGAUUUCGAUGACAGUAAGGAUCAAACAGCUGGAUCAGAUACAUACUUUCUAUCCAAUAGUAAGGAAAUCAAAAAAGUACUAAAAAAAGCAGAAGAAAAAAGGAAUUUUAAAGUAAAAGAAGCACCGGUUGAAGAUGACGAGGAUGUAUCGACAAAUGAAAUUGAGGCUAUUAAGGAAAAAUUACAAAAUAUGAUUGUCAAAGCACAAGCCGAUGAAGACUACAACAAGAUGGAAGCUUUAAAAUCUUAUGCUUAUAUUUUAAAUGAAGAAAAUGAUCAACGUACGGCCAGUAGGCACUCAGACUCAGACGUAUCCCUACCAAGUGACACCUAUAGUUAA